AUGCAUGGAGAAAACAUUCCGAAAGAGAUUCAUUCGGCCACGGGUCUGACCACGCCAAAGGCGAAGCGGGUGCGCUUCACGCUCCACCUGGUGCCCGAGGACCUCAAGCCCAAGCAGAAGGAGCCGGUCGUCAUCAUAGACGAUGUCGAGGAGUUCGACAGCGGCACUGGGGUGCGGGACGUGUUCGGGCGCAAGAGUCCGCGCGAGGAUGCGGACGACAGCGAGGACGAGGAGCCGCUCGAGCCGCGGGUGCUGCCGCUGCGGCCAGUGCCGCCGAAUCCCUACGAGGACGAGGAGAUGUCCGUGGUCUAUGCCGAGCAGCACUCGGAGAUCCGGCUGAUGUGCGAGGUGGAUCUGGACUUUGCUUCCAGCAUGUGGUACAAGAAUGGCCAGGUCGUCCACGCCAUGGACCGCACCAGCCGAGUCACCGACUACCGCUUCAUCAAAGAGGCUAAUGGGGCGCUAACCAUUACCAAUGUCAUGCUGGAGGACGACGGCAAGUGGCAGUGCGAGGCGGAGAAUACGCGCCGCUACACGGAGAAUGCCCGACCCGUCAAGCUGGUGGUUCUGGAUCGCCCCAAGCCCCCGUAUCUGCUCAUCGACUCCCGUCGCCUCGACGCCGGCAACAUCUUUGUGCCCGUCAAGCAGAACUCCGAACUGAAUCUGGCCUGCAUCAGCGAGGGCGGCAAUCCGCGGCCCACGCUCACCUGGGAGGUGCUGCUCAGCCCCGGCGUGGAUCGGCACGCCCAGAAGGUGUCCGCCGAGGUGCUCGAGCUGGAGGAGAUCAAGAACGAGAAGGACAAGAAUGGCUACAAAAUCAACAGCGGGGCCAAGAGCGAGGCCCGUCUUGCGGCCGUGUAUCGAGCACAUCACAACGCCCGAAUCCUGUGCGUGAUGGAGCAUCCCACCCUGAAGAUACGCCAGAACGCCUCUCUCCUGCUGGACGUGCAAUAUACGCCAUCCUUUGCCAUCUCGCGCACACCUGGCUUUGGGUAUCCGCUCCGCGAGGGCAUCGAAGUUAGCCUCAAGUGCGACGUCGACUCGAAUCCCCGAGCACGCCGCGCUGGCAGAAGGACGACGGUGCCGCAGACCGGCGAUGGCUUCCUCAACUUCACAUCGAUACGGCGCGAGCAUUCCGGCUGGUACAAGUGCACAUCCCGUCAUCUGAACUUCCAGUACUCCUCGAUUGGCUAUUACCUCAGCGUGCGAUACGAUUCGGUGGAUGUGACCUCGGAGCCCGACGAUCAGGAUGUGUCCGUGGCAGCCGCCUCGCAUAAUCCCAAGGGCCAGCUGGAAGUGCAGCUCGGCGGCGCCGUCACCCUGCAGUGUCCGCAAGGUUCUUUGGGCUGCUGGUCGCACUUGAAUCCCAUUUCGGCACGUCUGCGCGGCCUCGGCUACGGGAGCAGCCAGCCGACGGGCCAGUUCUCGCUCAAGGACGUCAUGUACCAGGAUGCGGGCGUCUACAAGUGCGUGGGCCAGCCGCUGGCCAACAAGAAGAAGCUGGAGGUGCUGCAGAGUGUCACCGUCUCAGUGAAGGGUAAGUCUCAAGGAUCGCCACCACCGGGGCUUAGGGAAGUUUACUUAACGAAUCUCCGUGAAUCUCCGGCCCUGACCGCCGCGCCCGUCGCCUAUCCGGGCUCCCCCUUGCACCUCAACGUGGAGUUCUGUGCCAAUCCGCCGGCCCAUGCCGCCCGCUGGCUGCACGGCGAUCGCGUCUUCACGCCCGGCAACCAGUACGGCAGCACCGUUCUGGCCUACUCCGUGAAGGAUCUGCCCACGCCCUACUGCAAGGAGGCGCGCCUCACCUACGUCAGCAUGCACGAGCGGGUGCCCCGCACCUUCUACUUCAUUGUCUCGUCGCCGGGGGGCGUGGCCGAGGCCGUCUUCAAUGUGAACUUCACCAAGCGCCACCGCACGAUGUCCAAUGCCAUCGACGACGACGAGGAGGAGGAGCUCAACCGACCCGAGCAGAUCCACUUUCCCGUGUUCAACAGCAACACCGCCACCCCCGCCACAGGCCGAGGCGUAGGACAAGCCCUAGCUGUGGCUCUGGCUCUGGCUAUGUCUCUGAUCUGUUGCCAUUAACUUUAAGUGGCGGAGUGAUUGAGUGAUUGCAUGUGGGUGUGUGUGUGAGUGAGUGAGUGAGUGAAUGCGGAGUGAAUGCAUAGUAAGUGCUUUGUUUUUGGUGGGCCCUGACUCGUUCGUUCAACCAAAUGCUCUAUGUAAUCUAACCCACUACCACUAAGCGUAGGCCUGUACUUGUAUGUUACUCGAUA